AUGGGUGGCCGCACAAAUGAAACUCAAGCGAAGUUCAAAUAUUUAAGUUUGAGAUCAUGUGACUUGAAAGACUUUCCUGAACUUAUACGGUUUCAGAACCAACUGGAGUAUUUGUACCUUGAUAACAAUAAAAUUGAGGGCGUGAUACCCAAAUGGAUGUGGAACAUUAGCAAGGGAACACUAGACCUGAGUAACAACAUGCUGCAUGGAUCGAUCCCAGUGCCACCACCAACCACCAAGUACUUUUCUUUGUCAAAUAAUAUGCUUACCGGAGAAAUUCCAUCGACCAUAUGUGAGUUGUUGUCUCUCAAGUUUCUUGAUUUUUCAUUCAACAACAUUACCGGAUCAAUUCCUCCAUGCUUGGAGAAAUUAAGCCAUUCUAUGGUAGUGUUGAAUCUUAGAAGCAACACUUUGCACGGAACCAUUCCUAACAUAUUCACCAAUGGAAGUAGGCUUCAGAUGAUUGAUUUAAGUGAAAAUAAAUUACAGGGGCAUGUACCUAGAUCUUUGGAGAAAUGUGAAUCACUCAUGAUCCUUGAUCUUGGAUAUAACUUUAUAGAAGACAUGUUCCCAUUCUGGUUGGGAGCACUUUCAGAGCUACAGGUUCUCAUUCUCAGGUUCAACAGAUUUCAUGGCACUAUAACAAUACGGAGUAAAAUCAAAGUCAACUUCCCAAAAUUACACAUCAUUGACCUCUCAUACAAUUCAUUUUGUGGUGAUUUGCCACAUCAAUAUUUCCAGGCGUGGUCAGCAAUGAAGGAGACCAAGGUGAAUGCAAGGCGAGGAUAUUAUCAGGUGGCUAUUCAGAUGACUAACAAAGGUGUAAAGAUGGAGUAUGUGGAGAUUAUAAACAUCUUUUCUGCAGUAGAUCUCUCGAGUAACAGGUUUAGAGGGAAGAUUCCAGAGUCUAUUAAAACCCUUAGUGGUCUUCAGGUACUCAACCUCUCAAAUAAUGAACUUUCUGACGUUAUCCCGCCAUCCAUGGGGAAUCUCAUACGUCUUGAAUCACUCGAUCUUUCUAGUAACAAACUCCCUGGAGUGAUACCUCAAGACUUGGUACAACUGAACUUCCUUGAGGUUUUAAAUUUGUCCAACAAUAAGCUCAUUGGACCCAUACCACAAGGUAGGCAUUUCGAUACCUUUUCGAAUGAUUCUUUCAUGGGAAAUGCAUUGUGUGGAUACCCUUUAUCAAUGAAAUGUGGCGAUUCAAAAGCAUCAAAUUCUCCAAAAGUUUCAUUCGAAGAAGAUAACGAGUCUGACUUCCCAAAUGGAAUUGAUUGGGUUGUGAUACUAAUCGUGUUGUGA